AUGCAAGGGGAGAGGAAAGGCCAAGAGAAGAAGAUGAAACAUGGACGCGAGAAGACACUACCGAAGAAGCCACCACUGAAGAAGAGGAAGGCCAUGGCAACGGACAUCAAGUCGAAGGCUGUCCAGCGGCGGAGUGACAAGCAGCCGGCCGGACGGCCUGUACCCCGCACGAAGAAGACCGAAGAGCGAUCGGAUCUGUGCAACAACGAGAAUGCGUUCUAUCUCAAGCUGCUGAUGGUAUCCCCGACGCGUACUCGUCCCCAACUGAAGACUCGGAAAGUCCCCGAUCGCACCAACAUGCGCGUUCCCAACAAAACCCGCAGUCGAAAGCAUGUUGUGCUUGGAGAUGAGUGCCGAGUGCUUUCCUAUGACGACGACGACUCGGUUCAGGUGGCAACCCUCCUCCCAUUGCACCAACCAUCCCCGGAGAAAAGCCAUAUGAAGGUACGCAGUCUCCUUGCGAGUCGUAGAUGUUUGAGCUUCUCCAUAGCAACGACAUCAACUCUCAACAACUCUAUGGACAUGGACAUAUCGGACGAUUCCAUCGAGCUCUCCGUCGACGCAUUGGAGGAAUCGUGUGAUUUCGGCGCUCCAGCUGCGUCUGUCCACAAUUUCGACGAUCCGUUCUUCGAAUCCCUCGGCUUGAUCGUCGUACCACCACCGGAAAGAAGCAACACCCCCAAAGCCAGUCCAUGUCACAGCAUUUCCAGCUUCUCAAGCCCAGAAGGACGACUAAGCCCCACGGCAAUUCCAUCGACACCACCGCUUCCCCUUCGACGGCUGUCGUUUGACCCCCCUAAACUCUCCGUCCCCGCCGCCAGUAUCGACUACAUCCACCACGUUCAUCGCCAGAACAAGAUACUUACAACCUCCAAGACAAAAGGGCGACCUCGCACUUCAUCCUCUACGAAACAAAAUCGGGCCCACACGAUAGAGUCCUCGUCGACGAAUGGACCAGGAACAGCAAAGAAACAUAAAAAAAAGCGGCCAUCCGUGAACAGUGAUCGAAGAAAGAGGCAAAACAAGAGUCCUCUACUUCUACCACGCUAUGCCACGAGUGCCCUCAACAAGCAAUCCGUUACAAAGCAUGUCGUCUUGGGCGAUCCAGCAUCGGCCGCCACUGGGUCGCGGCGGCUCUCUGGACGAUCGUCGUCAAGACAUGGUGUCCGAGUAAACCAAAAUGCGCUCUGCAGUCUCCAACAACUAUUUAUGAUCUAA